UCUCUUUUCAUGGAUGAUAUUGAAGUUCCUAAGUAUUUCGUCUGCCCCAUUUCUUUGCAAAUCAUGAAAGACCCAGUGACAGCCAUAACCGGCAUCACCUAUGAUCGAGAGAGCAUUGAGCAAUGGCUACUCAAGGGCAAAAACACCAGCUGUCCAGUCACCCAACAGCCUUUGCCUAGAGACUCUGAUUUAACGCCUAACCAUACGCUGCGUCGUUUGAUCCAAGCCUGGUGCACUGAGAAUGCUUCGCUUGGCGUCGACCGGAUUCCUACCCCUAAACCUUCCGUUGAUAAGUUCCAUUUCCGUAAACUCAUCAAAGAGCUCGAUAAACAUCCUGAUUCGAAGAUGGAGGCUCUGAGAGAAUUGGAUUUGUUGGCCGCCAAGAAUGAAAGAAACAGGAAGUAUAUGGUGGAGGCUGGGGUGCCUAAAGCUAUGCUAUCGUUUAUUGUAAAUUGUUUCAAGGAAGACUGCGUCAAUGGCCUGGAAGAAGCCCUAAGCGUACUCUCUUUAAUUCGUAUUCCAUCGGCUGAAGCAAAUUUGUCUCUUAAUGAAAAAGAUGAGAUUAUCAAAUCACUGAUUUGGGUAUUAGGAUGUGAAUCCAAAACCCAAGUUACGGUUAAAUCCCAUGCCGCUUUGGUAUUGAAAACAAUCAUUGAAACAGCCAGUUCUAUUUUACUGGAAAGAUUAGAACCUCAGUUCUUUGAGACUGCUGUUGGAGUUUUAACACAACGCAGCAGGGUCACUCAACAGGGAAUGAAUGCAGCUUUGCAUGUUUUAUUAGAUGUUUGUCCCUGGGGAAGAAAUCGGUUAAUGAUGGUUGAAUCAGGAGCAGUUUCUGCGCUUAUCGAGCUUGAAUUGGGAUCACCCGAAAGGAGAACCACCGAGCUUAUUCUGGGAAUACUCUUCCAUCUGUGUUCUUGUGCAGAUGGGAGAGCUGAGUUUCUUAGCCAUAAAGGCGGCGUCGCGGUGGUGACAAAGAGGAUCAUGAGAGUUUCUCCAACGGCCGAUGAUCGAGCCGUGCUGAUCCUUUCGUUGAUAAGCAAGUUCUCUGCCACGAAUUUGGUUCUUCAUGAAAUGUUGGAGGUCGGUACUGUAACGAAGCUUUGCAUGUUGCUGCAAGGUGACGGUGCAACAUAUUUGAAGGACAAAGCUAUGGAGAUCCUUAGAUCGCAUUCUGAUGAGUGGCAAAAAUUCCGUUGCAUCAAUAUAACUCUCUUGACAAGGUAUAUUAAAUGAAUUCAAUAAAAUUCUAUGCAUUAUUUACUUUUCUUUUCUAAAAGAACAUGUAAUUGACAACUACUAUAUUCACGAAGAAU